AUGCUCAUGUUGACGAUCUGCAACUUGUUCCAAGCAGCCAUCAUUAAUCUCAAGCAUAAAGUAGACAUUUGUACCUCAGUGACAACGGAAAUCAAUCAACUAUGCUAUCUGCAUCGCAUAACUAGCGAAACGGUUCAGAAAAUGACUCGUACUUUAAGCGUUCCGUUGAUGUUGAUUACAUUAUUCCAGUUUCUAGUCGUUUUAACUGAGAGCUAUUAUAACUAUAUCAGUUUAAUGAACAACUUCAUAAUACAAUACUCAUUAUAUGGGCAAACGUUGAGUUCAACGCUGUUCAUAUUGAUGUGCCUACUUCAGUUUUAUUACUCAAUUUCAUUGUGCACUAAUAUGACCGAAGAGGCAGAAGCUACAGCAACACUGCUGAAUAAAAUCUAUCUUGAAGAUGUAGAUUAUUGCGUUGAGCAAAGUAUUGAAAUGUUUAUAUUGGAGAUGUUGCAUCAAGAUUAUCGAAUACGGUUAUACGACUGCUAUGCGAUGGAUUUUACGUUUGCCUAUUCAGUAAGUAACGCACGAAAGCCAAGCAAGGUGGACUAAGAAGAUGGAUUUGAUUUUGGUAAGACGGAAGCUUAGUGCAUAGCCCUAUCAUCUCUAUGUGCUAAAAUGAUGAAUUAAACCAAUACCUCGCUCAGUAGUCAAAGUCUUUUCAGCGAAUACGGAUACUUGAUUGGCGACAGCGUCGUUACGCUAAUGGCGAGCGUAUUUUAGCGGCCAGUUUUCCUAAACGUGCUCGUGGUCUUUCACGACGUCUUUUGAACCGAAUAGUUGAAUGUUAAAUAUUCUUUUUGGAAUUCUUUCUUCCGAUACUCGCAUCGAGAUAUCACUGGAAUCCACCGUAUGGAAUUUCAAACACAUAUUUUCUUCCAUGAGGAGCAUGAGCAUUAGCUUGAGAAUGAGCAUUAUGACCAUCUAAUUCGUAUUUUCUAUUCCGUAAUUGACCAGAACUUGCAAAAUUGCACAAAGAACC